CUACAAGAUCUACGUAUGGACCCCAAUACUAGUUCUCAGGAUGUGAUUAGAUGUGACCUGUGUGAGACUGCUGUGGUACAGAUGCACUGUGAUACGUGCCUUGUCAACCUCUGCAAAGCCUGUGUGGGAGAACACAUCUCUGAUGAAUCCAAGGAUCACAAAGUGGUCAAAUUUCAAUCAAGGAACACACCCCUUUCUACCCUAGAUGCGCAUACCAUGAAACAGAACGAUGCGAGAUGUACUGUAGACAUUGUGACGUUCCUGUCUGCCUCACUUGCCUGGAUUCUGAUCUACACCGCGGUCAUAAGUUAUCAAGAAUCCAACAACAAUAUCAUAGAGCUCUAUGACACUAAAAGGCACUUACAUACCAAAAUUAUCAGGACUAAGUCAGGAAGCAUCCCAGCAGAUAUAACAGUGACCUGUAGUGGAGAUAUAAUUUAUACUGAUGACGUGUAUAAAACUGUGAACAUAGUAAAGGAUGACAAGAUACAGGAGAUGAUUAGAUUCAAGAACUGGAAACCUCGUAAGAUAUGUAGCACCUCCUCUGCUUACCUCUUGGUUACCAUGGAAAGUGAUGACAAUGAACAAUCAAAAGUUGUCCGUUAUUCUGGCUCAACAGAGAAACAAACCAUUCAGUUUGAUGAUAAGGGCGAUCCCCUUUACACACAUGGUUCUCAUAAAUAUAUAUGUGAGAACAGGAAUUUCGAUAUAUGUGUUGCUGAAUGUAGGUCUAACACAAUAGUGGUGGUCAAUCAAGGUGGAAAAUUGAGAUUUAAAUACUUUGGACACUCUCCUGCUCCAAAAAAUGAACUAUUCCGUCCAAGAGGAAUCACAACAGACAGUCAAUGUCAUAUUCUUACAACUGAUCAUGAUAAUAACUGUAUUCACAUCAUGGACCAGGAUGGACAGUUCCUAAAUUACAUAGACUGUGGAAUGAAUAAUCCUUAUGGGAUCUGUAUAGAUCCAGUUGGCAACCUGCUUGCUCUUUGUAUUGAUAGAAUUGAUGAUGGGUACUAUACAGGUUGCUGUGUGUUGAAAAUCAAAUACUAA